GUCAUGUAGGAAAUUGUAAGUCAUGUGAAGAUGGGAGUCUUGGUAUUUGUGCGCAAUCUGCUGCUAGCCCUCUGCCUUUUUCUGGUCCUGGGAUUUUUGUAUUAUUCUGCUUGGAAGCUACACUUACUCCAGUGGGAAGACUCCAAUUCAGUGGUUCUUUCCUUUGACUCCGCUGGACAAACACUAGGCUCAGAGUAUGAUCGGUUGGGCUUCCUCCUGAAGCUGGACUCCAAACUGCCAGCCGAGUUAGCUACCAAGUACGCAAACUUUUCAGAAGGAACUUGCAAGCCUGGCUAUGCUUCAGCGCUGAUGACUGCCAUCUUCCCUAGGUUCUCCAAGCCAGCACCCAUGUUCCUGGAUGACUCCUUUCGCAAGUGGGCUAGGAUCCGGGAGUUUGUGCCACCUUUUGGGAUCAAAGGUCAAGACAAUCUCAUCAAAGCCAUCUUGUCAGUCACCAAAGAGUACAGCCUGACCCCUGCCUUGGACAGCCUCCGCUGCCGCCGCUGCAUCAUUGUGGGCAAUGGAGGUGUACUUGCCAACAAAUCUCUGGGGUCACGAAUUGACGACUAUGACAUUGUGGUCAGACUGAACUCUGCACCAGUGAAGGGCUUUGAGAAGGAUGUGGGCAGCAAAACCACACUGCGCAUCACCUACCCCGAGGGUGCCAUGCAGCGGCCUGAGCAAUACGAGCGGGAUUCCCUCUUUGUCCUCGCUGGCUUCAAGUGGCAGGACUUCAAGUGGCUGAAGUACAUCGUCUACAAAGAGAGAGUGAGUGCAUCUGAUGGCUUCUGGAAGUCUGUGGCCACUCGAGUGCCCAAGGAGCCCCCUGAGAUUCGCAUCCUCAAUCCAUAUUUCAUCCAGGAAGCUGCCUUCACCCUCAUUGGAUUGCCCUUCAACAAUGGCCUCAUGGGCCGGGGGAACAUCCCGACCCUUGGCAGUGUGGCAGUGACCAUGGCACUACACGGCUGUGAUGAGGUGGCAGUUGCAGGCUUUGGCUACGACAUGAACACACCCAAUGCACCCCUGCACUACUAUGAAACUGUGCGCAUGGCAGCCAUCAAAGAGUCCUGGACACACAACAUCCAGCGAGAGAAAGAGUUUCUGCGGAAGCUGGUGAAAGCACGAGUCAUCACUGACCUAAGCAGUGGCAUCUGAGUGGGCCCAACACUUGGCCAUAGAGGCCCACACCAGGAACAAGCAGCUACCACCUGCAGAGGAGUCUUCUGAGCCAGAGAAGGACAGUGCCAAGGGGGCCCGGGGGCCAGUGAGGCCUUGGCAAGGCAACCAGAGCUGUGCCUGCUCAAGGCCAGCUGUAGAGACCAGCACUCUGCCUUGCAGCCUGGGUCCGUGAAGCCAGAAGGCCAAGAGGCCACUGGCUGUGCCCAGCAGGCCCAGCAUGCAGGAGGUGGGACAUUAGGCAGCACGGCUGCUGCCAGAAUCAUUUCUCUAAUCAGUGUUUGGUGUAUUAUCAUUUUGUGACUUUAGGUGGGGGGAGGGGAGGGAUAAUUUAUUUUUAAAUAAGAUUGGAGAUGUCACCUUUGGGCCACUUGCUGUGUAGAAAGAGGCCCACUAGAGGGCCCAUCAGACCAUGGUAUCAGUGAGCUCCCUGAAGGAUGGGAGUGCCAGACCAUGCUCCAGAGACACAGGGAGGUAGGUAGCAUACGGCUCCAGCUCUUGAUACUGUUUGGGCUUUUCUUGGGGAGAAGAUGGGAUAUUCCUUCUCAUCAGCCCCUGGUGUCCCACAGGGAGACCCCAGAGCCAUCCCUUUAGAGCCAACAGGAGUUCCUGGGCAAGAGAGAAAGAACUUGGGAGGUGAGGUCCAGCCCAGCCUGAAGGGAAUGGCCCCUUCCCCAGCUGUACCCAAUCCACAGGGCAGCACCCCUUCCCAGGGUGACCAACUCCUCAGAUGGUCUAGGUUUCCUUAGUGAGACAGCCUGCCAGCUCCUUGGGUUCUGCCUUUAUCCAGGACCAGAGGAAAAUGAGGCCCAAGGACUUUACCCAGGCCAUGGCAGCCAUCCCAGGCAGCCCUCAUGGAAGCAAUAAAGCUCUUCCCUGAAUCUGG